CCACACUCGCGCGUCGGGGUUUUAACUUGUCGCUGCCGCGCACUAAUUGGGCCGUUUACUAAUUGGUCGUCACUGCCCCCAUGGCGCCUGGGAUUCUAUGUUGGUGGCGUCCAAUCAAGGCCUGUCCCUUCCCUGGAUCGGGGAGCUAGCGUCCCUUCGGCACGGGCUGCAGUGAGGAAGCACCUCUAGCCGCCCCCCACUCUCCCCAUCCAGGAUCUCUGUCCCUAACUCCAGGCAGGUCCCCGUAACGCGGCGCCGUCAGGAGGCUGUGCCUGGAUCCUGGAACCUGAGGAGUCGGACCCUAGCUCCUCUUCUAGCCCAUCGGGCAGGGUCAGGGGCGGCCACGCAGUCCGAAUCCUCUUCACUCGCAGGGAAGGGAACUUUGAAACUUAGUUAGGAAGCCAGACGGUCGGUGCGUCCUCGGGUCUGUGCGUCGGUCCGGGUCAGGCUGGAGACGAGAGCGGCUUUUCGUCACUCGGAGCCCGGAUUGAACAGCGCGCGUGGGUCUCCGGGCGGUCGGGGCGCAGACGCUCGGGCUCUGCGGUGCUGCGUGUUUGAUGGUGACAGUGCCUACGUGGGGAUGAGUGACGGAAAUCCAGAGCUCCUGCCAACCAGCCAGACCUACAGCAGCCAGAGCGAGAGCAAUGAAGACUAUGAGAUUCCUCCUAUAACGCCUCCCAACCUCCCUGAGCCAUCCCUCCUGCACCUGGGGGACCACGAAGCCGGCUACCACUCGCUGUGCCACGGCCUUGCGCCCAACGGGCUGCUCCCUGCCUACUCAUACCAAGCUAUGGACCUCCCAGCCAUCAUGGUGUCCAACAUGCUGGCCCAGGAUAGCCACCUGCUGUCUGGACAGCUGCCCACGAUCCAGGAGAUGGUCCACUCGGAGGUAGCUGCCUAUGACUCAGGCCGGCCAGGGCCUCUUCUGGGCCGCCCCGCCAUGCUGGCCAGUCACAUGAGUGCCCUGAGCCAGUCCCAGCUCAUCUCCCAGAUGGGCAUCCGGAGUGGCAUUGCCCACAGCUCCCCAUCACCCCCAGGGAGCAAGUCAGCGACCCCCUCUCCAUCCAGUUCCACACAGGAGGAGGAGUCAGAUGCCCAUUUCAAGAUCUCGGGAGAGAAGAGGCCCUCAGCAGACCCAGGCAAAAAGGCCAAGAACCCAAAGAAGAAGAAGAAGAAGGACCCCAAUGAGCCACAGAAGCCGGUGUCAGCCUACGCUCUCUUCUUCAGAGACACUCAAGCCGCCAUCAAAGGGCAGAAUCCCAGUGCCACCUUUGGGGAUGUGUCCAAAAUAGUGGCCUCCAUGUGGGACAGCCUGGGAGAAGAGCAGAAACAGAGUUGCCCAAUGUCUCGGAUCUUUCAGGCGUAUAAGAGGAAGACCGAAGCUGCCAAGAAGGAGUACCUGAAAGCCUUGGCGGCCUACAGAGCUAGCCUCGUCUCCAAGAGCCCUCCGGACCAAGGCGAGGCCAAGACUGCUCAGGCAAAUCCACCAGCCAAAAUGCUCCCACCCAAGCAGCCCAUGUACGCCAUGCCCGGCCUGGCUUCCUUCCUGACGCCCUCUGACCUGCAGGCCUUCCGCACGGGAGCCUCUCCCGCCAGCCUGGCCAGGACGCUGGGCUCCAAGGCCCUGCUGCCAGGCCUCAGCACAUCCCCACCACCACCCUCCUUUCCUCUCAGCCCCUCAUUGCACCAGCAGCUGCCACUGCCCCCCCACGCGCAGGGCGCCCUCCUCAGCCCACCCCUCAGCAUGUCCCCCGCCCCUCAGCCUGCUGUCCUGCCUGCCUCCAUGGCACUCCAGGUGCAGCUGGCCAUGAGUCCCUCGCCUCCAGGGCCACAGGACUUUCCACAUAUCUCUGAGUUCCCCAGUGGCUCUGGCUCCCGCUCACCUGGCCCAUCCAACCCUUCCAGCAGCGCGGACUGGGAUGGGAGUUACCCCAGCGGGGAGCGUGGCCUCGGCACCUGCAGCCUGCUCCCCAGAGAUAAAUCGCUCUACCUCACCUAAUCCCGCCUCCCCUCCCUCCCUGAGGCUCUCCGGAGGGCACUGCUCCGAGCCGGAAGGGCUGACCGCAGGAGAGAGGCCAUGGCAGCAGGCAGGGUGACCGGCCAGCAGUGAUACACCUAUGCCCCAGGGUUGAGUCUCUCCCUCGACCUCCCACCAGACUCUGCAGAGGCAGCCCACCGCCCACCACCAGCCCAAAGAACCUGCAGGAACCUUCUGCCCGCUGACCCGCUUGCUCCAGGGUAGCUGUGGACCCCACUCCUUGGCCUGCACACAGUCCCCUGCGUCUGGACUUCUGGCCCCAGCCCAAGCUCACCGGGCUGCCCCCCCUCGAGGUUGCUUAGCAACAGACACCCACCCCAGAUGCUGGGCCAGCCACAUGUGUGCUCUCGGUGUGCACAAAAGAUGCUGAAACCCACGCGCUGUGGGUUCCGUGUAAGUAGUUCACUGUUUUAGAACCGUGUUGAAGACAUCUGUAAGAUUAUUUUGUGGGGAGAAAGAAAGCUUCCUUUAAAGUAAAAAAAAAAAAAAAGUUUUAUAAGACCUUUAGCACAGUUUUUUUUUUUUAAGUUUUAUCUUAAGGGAGACAUGUGCACAAACAGCUGUCAAACUGAUUCUUAUCUGCACACAGAGAGAAUGGAAGCUUUUAAGCCACAUCCAAGGACCACCUUCUUCUUCUUCUUCUUCUUCUUCUUCUUCUUCUUCUUCUUCUUCUUUUCUUCCUCUUCUUCCUCCUUUUUAUGUUCUUCUUUUUCCUCUUCUUCCUCUUCUUCUUCUUCUUCUUCUUCUUUUUUUGAUCAUAUAUCCACCUAUUUAAAAUUGCCAGCAACAAUUUUGGCCAUCUAUUUAUGAAGAAAAGUUGAGAACAACAUUGUGGCUUCUCCUGACAUGUGUGUGGUUUGGGGUUUGGAUUUGGUUUAGGCUUUGGUUCGUGUUGUUCGCAGCUGUCUCCCGGCCCUUGCUAUGUCUGUCCUGGUGCCCCCCGUGCUUUGCUCAGACCUCUUUGUAAUAAAACUUCUGAAAAGUG